AUGCCCCAAGAUUGGCUAGCUCAAGUUCAAGCUGCCGAAGCUCGUCAAGCUGCUGAAGCUCCUCAGGCUACUGAAGCGCCUCAGGAGGCACAAGAGGAACUGGAAAACCGGGACGAGAAUAACGAAGCCGUUAAGCUUUGGCUAGAGACUCUGCCAGACUCGAUCCCACCCCCGGCAGAAAAUACUCCUGAGGACUUGGCGGAUAAUCUUCCAGGUAUCGGCGACAAGAUCAUUAACUACGCCGCUCUAUCGUCUUCGGAUAGCGAUUCUUCUUAUGGAGAGUAUGACAAGACGCACAACUCUCCGAUGGUGGCCAAUCCGGAGGAGUUCGCCGAGCGGGAUCGAGCGACCAUGAACGUCCAGGGUCACCUGUUUCCUCUACCUCCGACUGGUGGCGUCCCGUAUACGGCCGAGACUACCGGCCAGGAUCCGACCUUUAGUGGUCUUGCAUCGCUCGCGUCAAACAGUAGCGGUAAGAGGCAGGACGGCCAGGAGACCCAGGGUUCAAAGGCCACUGGGUCAGAGGAGGACGCGAUCUCAGGUUCUGUCAAUUUCAUCCUUGGAAGUGAUGGAAGCAAGAGUGUCAAGGAUUUGAAGAAGGAUAACCAAAAAGACAGUGACAACGACUCGAAGGGAGGAGUCCAUGCCGACAUCGACACAGGCCCGACACAUCAAGAUGAGAAAGCUCUUUCCAAAGGGAAGGAGCAGCCGACUGCCUCGAAGCCCCCGGGUUCUGGUCAACAGACGGCUUGCUCCAGUAGCGACAACACGCAAGGGGAUUCUUCGGGCGGUGGCUCGAAGGAGGUGCCCUAA